CAAACUCUUUACCUCAAGCUUAAAGCCAUGCAGUCACUCUGUAAACGCUCUAAACCUGAUCUCCUCAAACGAGGUUUUACAACCUUACUGAAUCCUCAACACAUAAACCUCGUACCUAGACCCCUAGCAAGAUGCAUGUCAUCCCAGACUCUAGGUGCUUCGCGAUACGACUAUCCGUACCACCAUUACCCACCAAUGGCCUUAACCAAGAACAACUCACCUGCCUAUAGUAGCGCAGGCAAUCCAUGCAUUGACUUCUUCUUUCAAGUUGUUGUCCCCCAAAAGGCUCCAACUAGCAUUGCUUAUCAUUUGAACAAGGCAUGGGAUCAUGAUCCACUUACUACUCUUAAACUCAUUUGCAAUCUUAGAGGUGUCAAAGGCACUGGCAAGGGGGACAAAGAGAACUUCUAUAGCGCCGCGCUUUGGCUGCAUGAGAAUCAUAAUAGAAAUUUGGCGAAUAAUUUGUUGGCUAUGGCCUCGUUUGGGUGUCUCAAGGAUCUGCUUGAGAUUCUGUUCUUGUUAGUUCAAGGUGCUAAUGCUCGAUCAAAUAUUCGAAGUGAUUGGGAAUUGAAAAAAAAGAGAUGUGAGUGUCGUAAUAGUAUGAGGGCUUAUAAUAGGAAAAGGCCUAGCAAGGUAGAGGUGGAAAAGGCGAAGAGGCUGAGAGUUCUGCUGCCGAGAGAAGGGAGGGUUGAAGCGAAUGAGUUGAAAAUGAGAGUGGAGAGCGAAAUGGCUAGCAUUUUGAGGAAGGAGAAGCGGCUGGAGAGAGCUAAGAAGUUGUGGAAGUUGUACAGCAGGGAUAGAUAUUUUGAGUUCUUGUAUGAGAAGAUUUCAGGGCUGUUUGCGGAUAUGAUGAAGGUGGACAUGGCUUGUUUAUAUUCGGGUGACACUAAUGGAAUUAGUUUAGCAGCAAAAUGGUGUCCUUCACUUGAUUCAUUCUAUGAUAAGUAUACAUUCAUUUGUGGAAGCAUUGCAAGGAAGGUAUUUCCGCGUGAAUCUUACCCUGAAUACGAAGGAGUUGAGGAUGCACAUUAUGAGUACAGAGUAAGAGACAGGUUGAGGAAAGAAGUGAUGGUUCCCCUUCGUGAGGCACUGCAGCUGCCCGAGGUUUAUAUGAGUGCACAAAAAUGGAAUGCACUUGCAUACAACAGAGUUGCCUCUGUUGCAAUCAAGAAUUACACUGAUACAUUCAUGUGGCAUGACAAAGAAAGGUUUACUAAGUAUCUUGAGGAUGUGAAAGCAGGGAAGGCGAAAAUUGCAGCAGGAACAUUGUUUCCUCAUGAUAUUAUCAAGACUUGUCUGCAAGGUGAGAGUGAGGGAAAAGAGACAGUAGCAGAGCUGCAGUGGAAAAGGAUGGUGGAUGAUAUGUUACAGAAAGGUAAAUUAUCUAAUAAUAUUGCAGUUUGUGAUGUUUCGCCGUAUAUGCCUGCACUUCCUAAGAAUGUCUCACUUGGGCUUGGUUUAUUACUUUCUGAGUUAAGUGAAGGGCCUUGGAAGGGUCAGGUAAUCACAUUUAGUCAAAACCCGCAGCUUCAAUUGAUUGAAGGAAAUAGUCUCUUGGAGAAGUGCAAAUUCUUUGAAAGUCUGGAGUGCGGAGCCAACACGAAUUUUAGAAGGGUUUUUGAUCAGAUACUUAAGGUUGCUCUUGUUGCAAAGCUUAGCAAAGAGCAGAUGAUAAAGAGGGUGUUUGUUUUCAGUCAUAUGGAGUUCGAACGAGCAUCACAGAACAAAUGGGAGACUGAUUACCAUGCCAUUAGGAAAAAAUUUAAAAAAAAUGGGUAUGAAGUUCCUAAAAUUUUGUUCUGGAAUGUCAGUGGCUUGUGUGCCACACCGGUGACAGCAAAACAAAAUGGAGUAGCUAUGCUCAGUGGAUUUUCGAAGAAUUUAUUCAAAUUGUUCUUGGAUCAUGAUGGGGCAAUCAAUCCUGAGAUUGCAAUGGAACGUGCUCUUUCUGGUAAAGAGUAUGAAAAGCUAGUUUAUUAUGAUGAUUGAUUGGGAAUAAGCACGUUCAUGAAUUGA